ACGUCGCGAGGGUGAGCCGCGUUACGUGAGCUUAAUCGAAGUACGAUCGGGAAAUGUCAAGCCUGCUUACAUAGUUCAUUGAGCAAAAACGCGGGUGGGAAUAUUUAUGAAAAAAUAAAUGAAACGUGACGGCUAUUAUUGCGGCCACUGAGUUAUAAGUGAAGUAGCAAAAGUUCGUUAAUAAUUAACGUCAAACUUGAAUGGAAAACUAUGGUUUGCUGAAAUUUGGAAUGACUGAAAUAAGCGCAAGCGGUGGCGGGUGGCGGGUGACGGCGCUGGCUCGACAGCGGAGCGUGGUCACGAGAUGAGCGGUGCAGGUUGGCUGAGUGCGCCACCGCCGCCGCUGUCCGCUGCCGAGGCCCUCUCUUCGCUUUUGUGGCAGCCGUACGAGUGCCGCUCGCCGCCCCUCUCGCGCUCUCGCACCGAUGGAGCCCUGGCGAGCGACGGUUUCGGCGCGGGGGCCGCGGCAUCAUGCGCGCCCCAGUCGCCAAGCGGCGGUCGUCAUGCGCGCGCGUCGUAUCGCGCGAUUACUCUCCGCCACGAGAUGCGGCUGCCAGUGCCGGCGCCCGCCCCGCUGCGUAAAUCGGACUCGGUCUCUGUGCGCGUUCCGGGCGAGCCGAGCCGACAAAAUGUGUCCAGUGUGAACGUCAACAUAGUGCAGGUGCAGGAUGCCUCAUCCGGUUGUAAUGUGAACAGUGCCGUGCAGACGGAGAGAGAAAGGAGUGUAGCUACCGCAGAGUGCCAGACAGAAGAGCCGACGCGGCGGCGGCGGACUCGGCGUGCGCGGGCGCCGCGAGUGCCCGAGCUGCUGGAGAGUAUACCGCCGCCGCCGUACAGCACGUUGCCACCGCAGGCGCACCCGGUGCCAGUGCCCUUGCCGGUACCAGUGCAUCCGCCUCCAGGGCCCAUCAUAGCACCACAUCCGCCUACUCACCGUUUCCCUUUUCAGCCGAUUCCACUCAGAUCGGGUCGAGGGGCAGCCUACGCAUGUUCGGAGGGCGAAGGGAACGCCCCCAAGUCAUGCUGCGGCCGACCACCCCUCAGGCUGUGUGUGCUCUUCCUGGGAGUCGUUGGAGCGUGCCUGGUCGCCGCUGGUGCUGUACUCGGGGCCCUCAGACCACACCCGAGAGCACCGCUCACGUUGUUACUCCUUAUGAUAGGUAUAGGUGUGGUGCUGGUAACAGCGGCAGGUCUAGCAUGGCGAUUGGGUGCACGUGACGCUCCUUGCGCAUUGCUCGGGUUAAGGCGAGCCUCGUGUCGCCGCCUGGUGCCGCGACUGCCCCCCAGCUACGCCAGACCCCACCAUCCAUAUGCGGCUAUGCUGUAUCCGGAGUUUCAUUACAGGCCACCUCCGCCUACUUACCAAGCUUCUAUGCAAGAGUAUAGGCUCAGGUUACUUCUUUUAGACAGAAGUGCGCCAGCGAUCUCCCCACCCCCAACAUAUAGAUCAAAUGCAGCCAGUCUAGUCAGAGGAGCAUCGGGUAUUACCUGGUGUGGCUCCGAAUACAGCGGUCCGCCGUCCUACCGAGCCCCUCGCGCUGAUCCGCCUGCCGCCGUCACUAACACGCUACCCUCCAUCGCUCCCCUCGACCUAAAGUAUGCUGAUGACAGCAUACAAUCAUUACCGAAACCUUCAGAACAAGAGAAAGAUCCGGACGAACAUUUAGUGACAAUUGUCCACACUGACGCGCAGCCAGUAAUAGUUACAGUGUCAGGAUCUACCGCUCUCAACGACACUCACAUACAACCACCCUCCGAAAUCGAUAUACUGGCGCACUUAUAACGAAUUAAGUUUUCACUAGUAUAAUAAGUUCGAUCGUAUAACGGUAAAGCCCUGUGAUUCGUGCAACAACCAGGAACGAUGUUUCUAGGUGUGAAUUAAAAAUGAAAAGUGAUUGUAGAGGUACCUAGUUGUACUCUGAAGUAAUAAUUCUCAUUUAAAUGUAAUUAGAGAAGUUUAAUAUACAAGAAGCAAGAAGUAUUAGUAAAAGAUAACAAACUUUAAAAUUACUUAAACACAGAUAUUAAUAUUAUAAAUGUGCGUUCGUUACAAUUAAACGGUUGAAAACUGAUUCAAAUGUAUAAUCCUAAAUUUUAUGUUCUAAAUAAACACUUAUUUGUUAAUUAUAAAUAAAAAAUUAGUAGCAAAGCGACAGUUUAACAAAUCAACCCCAAUUCUUUUAGACAUCCAAAAUGAAUAAUUGAAAUAAAAAAAUGUUCAUAACAAAUAGAAAUUUUGUAAAUAUUUAACUUGCUUCUUGUAUAUUUAUAUUUUCUAAAAAUAUAAUCAUUUCAAGUACCUUAUUUUAUUGUAGAUAAGUUUUGUGUAAAUAUUAUAAAGCACUGACGCAUGAGUUACAUUUGCUUUAGUAUUAAAUUAACAAAAUAUGUGCCGUGUAUAUACGUUAAUACAAAUUUAGCAAUAAAUACGAGUUUAUGAGAAAUGCGAGCAACGAACGAUUUAUUAUUUAAACCAAAACCUUGGCCGUAAUGUAUGUACCUACAAUAUACACAUAAUAUUAUGUUACUAUUAAUUUAUAUGGAUAGUGCCAAUGAUUGUUUAAUAAUUCUGUAUAUAAGUAGUUUCAGAUUUAAAAGUUUCAAACUGUUUAUUUCAUGUUUUGCUUCUUAUAAGUUAUAAUUUUUGAAUACUUAAGUGAACUUCCAAUAUUACCUACUUUUUUGCUUUAAUGAUUUCUCAUUAUAAUUUCAGUAGAUAAGUAGGUACGACUUGUUUAAUACAUCACAUUUUUUUUGUUUAGUUUUGUUAACUGUUUUAUUGUUAUUUAUGGGUUCAAGCAAAUAUUUAAGUUAGUAACAUUUUUAACUUAUACUUAGAUAAAUUGCUUGUAAAUAUCCUAUCUACUUAGUGCACUCUUAACGAAUCUGUAUUAAACAUUACUUAAAUAUUAACACUAAUAAUUACUGAAGUUUUAUAUUCAGUUGUUAUUUGAAGAACAAGUGAAGAACAAUUUGAAAAAAUGUCACGUUACUCAUGAACAUUAUGUUAUUGUGUCCUAAAUAAUUGUAACAUAACGUCACUGUUAAUAGAUUGUAACAAUAGUGUAAUAUUAUAUGCUGUACAUAACGUUAUUUGUAAUAUAAGAUAAAUAAAGAAAUUAGUGAAACCA